AAGCUUAAAACCUUCUACUAUCUUGCUAAACAUAUUUUUAUGCAGCCUUAAAGUCUAUCUUGGCCAAGCCUAAAAACUCAAACUAUUGUUUCAUGUCCUUGCUUGCAGUACUAUUGUAACUUUUCUACUUUCAGGCUUUGCAGCUGCAGCUAGCUCCAAGUUCUCUGCUUUUGCUGUUUCUGAGGCUUGCUUUCACAGCUUCUGAAAGUCUUCUUACCUUUAGUAUUUCCCACAACUGAGCACUUGCCCUGUGAACUUUGCCCAGCUCCAGAGGGAUCCGUGCACUGCCUGGCCGGAAAUCAGCAGGUGACUGAUUCCUUAGGUGCACACCUGAUUCCUUCCCCUCACCAUCUGAUAAAACACCAUAUAUCAUGAGAACAUUUAUUAAAUCAUGGAUUCCUCAGUGUUUGUGGAUUCUCAAGUCACCUUCCAGAACACUCCAUGGAAACAACAGGCUUCUUACAUCUCAGAUUCUUUCCUAUUAUGAAUCAAUAAACCAGGGCAAAAAGGAACUGCCAGAAUAUUUCAACUUUGCAAGUGAUGUCUUAGAUGAGUGGGCACGACUGGAAAAGGAUGGAAGAAAACCAGCAAACCCAGCUUUUUGGUGGGUCAAUGAUGAGGGAGAGGAGGUGAAGUGGAGCUUUGAGGAGCUGGGCUCUCUGUCCAGGAAGGCAGCCAAUGUUCUUUCUGAGGCCUGUGGUUUGCAGAGAGGUGACAGAGUUGUAGCAGUUCUGCCUCGUGUUCCUGAGUGGUGGCUCCUCAACGUGGCCUGCAUGCGAGCAGGAAUUGUUCUUAUUCCAGGAACAUCUCAACUAACAGCCAAAGACAUCUCAUACCGACUCCAGGCUUCAAAGGCCAAGUGCAUCAUUACCGAUGACACGCUGGCACCUGCAGUGGAAUCUGUCCUGCCAGGCAGCCAGUUCCUGAAAAGUAAACUCAUUGUAGGCCAAGGGAGCAGGGAUGGGUGGCUGAACUUCAAAGAACACCUUGCGGUUGCAUCUGCUGACCAUCAAUGUGUCAAGACAAGGAGCCAAGACACAAUGCUGAUCUAUUUUACCAGUGGAACUACGGGCUUCCCAAAAAUGGUGGUGCUCUCCCACAGCAGUUAUGGCAUCGGAUUUGCAAUCAGUGGCAGGUAUUGGAUGAACUUGACUCCUUCAGAUAUAAUGUGGAAUACCUCUGAUACUGGCUGGGUAAAAGCAGCUUGGAGCAGUGUUUUUGGACCAUGGAUCUGUGGAUCCUGUGUCUUUGUACACAAUAUGCCACAGUUUAAAUCAGAAGUUAUUGCAGAGACUCUCUCAAGGUACCCCAUCACCACCUUCUGCACGGCUCCCACUGCCUUCCGCAUGCUGGUCCAACAUGAUGUGAGCAGCUACAAGUUCAGGAGUCUGAAACAUUGUAUAACUGGAGGGGAAGCACUCAAUCCUGAAGUGUUGGCGAAGUGGAAAAUCCAGACAGGGCUGGAUAUCCAUGAAGGUUAUGGCCAGACCGAAACAGUGACAAUCUGUGCCAAUAUGAAAGGAAUGAAAAUUAAACCCGGCUCUUUGGGAAAAGCUGUUCCCCCUUACGAUGUGCAGAUCGUAGAUGACCAAGGGGCUGUUGUGCCUGCAGGACAAGAGGGCACCAUUGCUGUCCGAGUGCAGCCCACACGACCCUUCUGCCUCUUCUCCGAGUACUUGGAUAAUCCAGAGAAGACUGCUGCCUCUGUGCGUGGAGAUUUUUAUCUCACUGGGGACAGAGGCACUAUGGAUGAAGAGGGAUAUAUCUGGUUUGUUGGAAGAGGUGAUGAUAUCAUUAAUUCCGCUGGGUACCGCAUUGGCCCGUUUGAGGUGGAGAGUGCACUGAUAGAGCACCCAGCAGUGGCAGAGGCGGCUGUGGUCAGCAGCCCCGACCCAGUGCGAGGGGAGGUGGUCAAAGCCUUCAUUGUUUUAGCUCCUGCUUUUGUAUCACACGAUCCUGAAAAAUUAACUCUUGAACUUCAACAGCAUGUCAAGAAGGUGACUGCACCUUACAAGUAUCCAAGGAAGGUGGAGUUCGUUCAGGAUCUGCCAAAGACAGUCUCUGGGAAAAUCCAGAGAAAGGUUCUAAAGAACAAAGAGUGGGCAAAAGUAUCUGGAAAAGAGUGAUCUAGAAAACGACGAGAGAAAUUCUUCAUCAUGUGUAGCAGCCAUAACACAUGACACAGAGCAGGUUGUCAUGACCCAGAGCAGAACGAGAACAUCAUGAAAAACAAAUUGUGGAAAGAAAAGGAGAAAACAUUCUUGAGGAUAUGUGGCAUUGGAACCACUUUUGCCAUCAACCUACAUAUUUUCAGAGGAAAGGAAGUGCAAGUAAUUCAAAGUGUGGAAUGAGUGAGAGAGAAAGACAAACUCAGGAGCAUACAGAGGUCUAAUUUGUUUUACUGCAGUUUGUAUAAACAUCUUCCUUUAAAAAAAUGGGUGAAACUACAAGGCUUUGAAAAUUACAAAUAAAUGAAAAAAUAAUAAAAAGAUACAUUUGUCCUGAUGUGGACAGCAGCAAUCAAUUAACAUCCAAAAUCUACUACUGUAAUAGUAUCAAGUUCUUUCAGAGUGGAAGGAAAUAAACUAUUCUUUUUAAUGCUUCUCUUCAUCAUGAGGAAUUUGUCAUCUACGUAAAUGGUUAAACUGGAGGAAAAAGAAGACCCAAAAUGCUUUAGGUUAAGGUGCAAAUUACGCACAAUUAACAAUGGUGUAAAUGAUUACAAGAAAAAAGUUACUCCACAGAAGGAGCUUUGCUGCUUGGUCUGUUUUGUGCCACAUUCUGAUCUCGUCACUCCAGAAGAAGUGGGCAAUAAAGGCAGAAAGGUUUCACUCCAAAACCUCCAUGAAGGAGUGCUCAGCUUUCACCUCUCCAGGGAACAGCUGAUCUUUGCAGUGCCUCAUAUGGGCAGCAUGUGCUGAAAGGUGAGUGAAAUGAAUGAAGAGGAUCUCUCCCAGCAACUCCUGAUCUCUCCUGUCCACAGCAGACAGGUCAGGAAAAUGGCAUUUAUCUGAGCUCCUCCUGUUCUUGAUCACUGAGCAAAGCAAAUGGCAUUUAAUCAGGAAUAACCAUUUCUGAUUCUCAGUAUGAGAACUUUGCCAUUACUAGGUCUUUCCUCGGUUUGCUGUCUUCAUUUGCACCUCUACAUUUGCAGCUGAGAAAGUGCUAAAAACUUGAAGGUUCUCAGUCUUCUUGGCAGAUGUUUUUGCAGAGCACUUAGGAAUCCUAAACUUCAAAUGUUUCAUCUUGUCAGUCUUGAAUAUCGUUUCCCUAAAUAGUCCUUAAUAUUAUGUCCCUCCUCUGUCUCUCAUAGGCUGUUGUGUAGAUUUUAUCAUUGUAACGCUCUGAAAUAUGCAAGUUACAGCUAAAUCAGAGAAUUACAGCAGACUG